AUGGGUAAGAUCGCGGUCCUAGAAUACUUUCGAGUGCCCCCUCGUUGGUUAUUCGUGAAGGUCGUGGACGAAGCAGGCAAUUUCGGAUGGGGGGAAGCGUCUUUAGAAGGCCACACCCAAGCAGUUGAAGGCUGUCUAGACGCGUGGUCCGAAAAGUACCGUGGAAUGGAUGCAGACGACAUUGAACAAAUAUGGCAGAUGUCAUGGCGGGGAGGCUUCUACCGGGGCGGCCCAGUACUGAUGAGCGCCUUGUCCGGGAUUGAUAUUGCCCUAUGGGAUCUGAAGGCGAGAAAACUCAACAUUCCUAUAUAUCAGCUCCUCGGAGGCAGAGUCAGGAACAAGAUACAGGUCUAUUCAUGGGUCGGUGGCGAUCGACCCCACGAUGUCACCGCCCAAGCUCAAGCUCGCAUUGAUCAGGGAUUCCACGCUGUCAAGAUGAAUGCCACCGAAGGCGUUGGCUGGCUCGAUUCGCCGUCCAUGAUCGACAGCGUCGUUGAGCGUCUCAAGGCCGUCAAGGCUCUCGGUAUCGAUUGCGCCCUUGACUUCCAUGGCAGACUUCACAAACCCAUGGCAAAACAGUUGGCAAAGGCUCUCGAAGAACACAGGCCGUUGUUUAUCGAAGAACCUUUGCUCUCUGAGAAUAUUUCCGCUAUCAAGGAACUCGCGAGCCUCGUGAGCUGUCCCAUCGCUCUCGGAGAACGCCUUUACAAUCGAUGGGACGUAAAGCCUUUUCUUGAAGCUGGGUGUGUGGAUAUUUUACAGCCUGACAUCUGCCACAUUGGUGGAAUAUCUGAGAUGAAGCGAAUUGCAGCCAUGUGUGAGACGUAUGAUGUUGCCUUGGCACCUCAUUGCCCUCUGGGACCAAUUGCCUUAGCGGCAAAUAUACAAAUAGACACUGCCUCGCCUUCCUUUACAAUCCAGGAGAUGAGUCUAGGGAUGCACUACAACAAUACGGGCCAGGAUCUGGCUACCUACAUCUCAAACCCAGAUGUUUGGGCUGUUAAAGAUGGAUAUAUUGAUAUCUUGACCGGGCCCGGGCUAGGUAUCGAGGUUGAUGAGGUGCGGGUGAGGGAAUUGUCGAAGAACGCCAAAGCGUGGACGAUUCCUACCUUUGAAGGACCAGGUGGUGAGCUUCGAGAAUGGUAG